CAGUCGAGAUAUUAUCAUUACUAUUUACCUGUCAACCUAUAUCUACUCAUAUGGGAUGAGAACAACAGAACGAGGUCGUUGCGGGUAGGCGGUCGUGAGGGUCACACAGAGGUGACAAGCGAGCGGCGGCAAUGUGCGUGAAAGAUAUGGGGAGGCGUCAGGCGCUGAUGUCAGUGGAAGCGGCGAGUGGCGGCUCUCCCGACGGCGGCGGGCGCACGCACGGAAUGCAGCGGGUGGUGCGCGGGGCGCGGGCGGCGGCCGCUGCUGCCGCGGCGACGCUCGCUGCUGCUCGCCAGUCCGCCAGUCAGCCGCGCGCCUUCGACACGAGUGUUGUUCGAACCGCGAGUGACACCACCUCCGCUGCGCACAGUGGAGAAUGCUACAGCAGAUGUCCUCGCCGCCGAGCGCGCAAGUCGGCGAGGUCGUGUCUCUUGUGCGCCCCUUCGAAGGUCGCUUGAACGGCGACGUCUCUUCAGAGGCCUCUUCGGACGCUGCGGAAGAAUCAGAGUUGCCGCAGUGUAAAAUAAGGAGAAAUUAUAACUGCGCCAAGUGCACGUUCUACACUCAGAAUCCACGAGCGUAUCUUGUGCACAUACGGGACGUUCACUUUGAAAAAAUUAAGAUAUACGAUUGUCCACAUUGUGUUUACGCUUCUAGGCAUCAUCAGAAACUUUCAAGACAUAUAAAAAUGGUACACGUAGCGCCUAAUUCGGCGUCAAACGAUAAGGUGGAGGAGGUGCAGCCACCAAUUUCAGACACAACUGAACCUUUAGAGCGAAUUGAAGACUUGCUUGAAGAAGUAGAGGAGUGUGAAGAUGCCGAUAUGGAAGGCGAAGACUGCAAUGAAGAGACAUUUACACGGACCACAGACGCUGAAGUCGAAGGUGACAGAUCAUCGUCAAAUAAUAUAAAUCAAUCGGAUGCAACAAAAAACAAGAAUAAAUAUUUCUCAUGCGUUAAAUGCAAUUAUGUUACACACAUAAGAGCGAGAUUUACUAAGCACGUAAAAUACCAUUCCAUGCCAAUGAUUAAAUGUGCUAUAUGCGAUUUUCGUACCCCAUAUAAAUGGAAUUUGGAUCGUCAUAUGAAGAACCACGGAGGUAGUGGCAGCUUCACCUGCUUUAUGUGCAACUUUACAGCGGACAUUAAGCAAAGUCUGACAGUACAUGAGAUGAAUCACCACACUCCGCCCGUAGGCCAAUCGGUGGUAAUUCGUCGCCGCAAUCGGGUGGGCGCCAGCGACGUACCGGUUGACAACAUAUCAAUGUUUAUCACCAAGGAGGAAGAAGGGAGUGGCGACUCACGAUCCUCACACUCGGCCUCGGACCUAUUACAGUAUGCAGAGAAAGAAAUGAUAAGCUGCAAUAGUGACUCUAAUGAUACUGAAAUGACUGUCAAAAGGGAUAUAGAAGAUGUACAAAAUCAACAUUCACCUGAUGCUGCUACAGAUGAAGCUAAAUAUCAAAAACAAAGCAGAAAAAUUCCCAGACCAAUACCCCAACUGAUACCAUUAAACUCAUCGACACCAAAUCAGAGCAAAGCCUGCAGUGGGGAACCACCUGCAAAAAAAUUUAAAGAAUCAGCAACAGAAUCAAAUGAUUCCGUUAGCAGUAAAUUUGAAAAUCUACCAGCAGAUAUCACAUUGAUACCUGUAACAAAUACAUCAACAGCUACAAAGGACACUAUAGUGCGUAAAAAAAAUGAAUCCUUCUUUGACAAAUUAAAGGAAAGAUUGCUUGCAGAAACAGGGGAAGAAGGCUCGCUUAUAUGUAAAAAUUGUGGUUUCGAAAGCAAAUGUUUAUCUGAACAUUCAGUACACGAAAAAAAUUGUUCUUCGCAAUUAAACCGCAUAGCAACAAAUACGCUACAUUCAACCCUGGGCUCAACACGAUGCCAAAAUUGCAGGCAUAGGUGCAAAUCAAGUGCUGAUCUGUACAUCCACAUGCAAACAUGCAGAAAAAAUCAAAAGAGAGAUGAACAGUUUAUGGAUAUUAAAAAUAAAGAAGACAGUCAAACUACAAUAUCUACCCAAGAAAAAGAUGCUGAACCACAUCCAAUGGAAAAUGUUGUAUUCGUAUGGAAUAAUAUAAAUCAUGAUCCUAACAAGUUUGAUACACCACUUGGCAUUAAUAUCAAUGAUGAUUCUACUCUACCAGAACCAAAUAGAAACUAUGAUACUGAGAUCGUGGAUGAUAAUGAAGGUAUGAAUUUGUCACCAAGUCAAGCUGUUGGCAAAAAAGUAUUUAAAUGCCCACAUUGUGAAUUUUGGGCUUCAACUGCGUCCAGAUUUCAUGUUCAUAUCGUAGGGCAUUUAAACAAAAAGCCAUUUGAAUGUUCCCUGUGCAAAUAUAAGUCGAAUUGGAGAUGGGAUAUUACUAAACACAUUAAAUUAAAGUCAGCUAGAGAUCCUGAGCAUAACGAAGCAAAAGUGCUUAUGACUGACGAAACAGGUAGAAGAAACUAUAGCAAGUAUAAUAAGUUUUUAGCCAUGUCAAUUCUGAAUGAAAAUGGCGAGAAUGAAUUUCAUUAUUUAGAUAUUAAUGCUUUAACUGACCCGUCUAUGGAUGUCGACGAAAGCUUUAAUGAUGGUUCUGAGAAUAUGAAUGGUUCUGUGUCAUUAGAUAUGCAACCUCUCAAUUUACAAACACAACACGGGGAUCAAAGAUUACAAUCUAUUGAUAGUAAAAUUUCUGACUCUAAGAAACCAAAGAAAACCAUGUGGAAAUGUAAAAAAUGCAAUUACAGAGAUCCAUCUAAAGAAGCUUUAUUGGAUCAUGUCCGGGAACAUUCUAAAGCUGACGGAAAUUCUGAAGAAUCAAAAUUGAUGAAGAAACCAGAUAAUCUUCCAGAUCCAGCAGAUCUCGCAUAUCGCUGUGGACACUGCAAUCAGUUAUCUAAUUGGAAACACGUUAUACAGAGGCAUUGUCGAUUGAAGCACGAUGGAGUGAUAAGAGUCAUCACAACAAUUAAACCAAAAUCGGAUACAACAUCAACAAAUGAUAUCACCAAUGACACGUGCACUAAGUGUCCUUUUAAAACAAACGAUAAAAAAAUGCUCGCAGCGCAUUUACAACAACAUCAACCUUCUGCUCAGUCUAUAUUCAAAUGCUACUUUUGUCCUUUCUUUGUUAAGGAUGAACAAGAAUUAGUCCAACAUUUACUACUGCACGGUGUAACAGAACCAGAAGAAUAUAUCUCUAAAGCAAUGGGAUGUAAAUCGCCAUUGCCAGAACUACAAGGGGCUACAUCAACCCCAAAUUCAACGAAACGACACAGAUGUACAGAAUGUCCGUACGAAACAAAUAGCAAAUCACAGUUUAUGUAUCACGAACAAUUUCACAGACUUCCAGCUGACACGCCAUAUAAAUGUCCGCAAUGUAACUACAGUGUUUCUAAAAGGCAUUUAUUACAUCAACAUUUAAGAGUUCAUGGUAUUCUCACAAAGAAGUCAGAAUCAGAAGCAGAACUGGAAGCAAUGUCAACCAAUUCUAGUAGAACAGAAGAUAAAACGGACGCAUAUGUACCUCUAGAGGAAAUACCUUAUGUAUGGGUAUCGGCAAAAAAUAUGUUCCAUAAAAUGUACAAGUGCCGUUAUUGUUCAUAUGUAAAUUCGCAAAAAUGCAAAAUACCCUACCAUGAAAAAAUACACUGCAUUAUUUUUGAAAAUAGUGAAAUAACAGUAUACAAAUGCUUGGAGUGUAAAUUUAUAUGUGAUAAUGCAAUUAAAUUAGCCGAACAUUCUAAAACACAUGGUGAAAUAUAUGGGCGCAUUUGUUGUCCUGUUGAGUUGGAUAUACCAGACGACGAGCAAAUUGAAAAACUGCGAAAAGUAAUUGAAGCUGAACAAACAGCACCCACAAAAGACUUUAUAAAGGAAGACGACAUAUCCAAUGGAAGUAAGGAAGUCAAAAUGUUAUAUUUUUGUCAAAAGUGUCCAUCUAGAUUCUUUUCAUACGAUGACUUAAAAAAUCAUGAUAAAUUUCAUGAAUCAUCAUUUCCAAACACAUGUAAAAGUUGCGAUUUUUCUGCCCCUGAGGAAAGUGAGUUAACUUCACACACUUUUGUCCAUUCAGACGAAUAUCAUACAAAAACGAAAAUGUUAAAAUUUAUGCACAAUUCACAUGCAGCUUAUUCACAACCUCAAUUAAAAUUAAUUCACUGUGCAACAACAUCAGAAAUAACAUGGGUAGUUUCGGAUUCCGAUAAAGAACAUGACAAUAUAUCUAAUAAUAAAAAAAUAAAUGAACCAAAACAGUACUUAUGUAAAGAAUGCCCAGCGAAAUUUUUCAAAAGUUCCGCAUUAAGCUAUCACAUGGGAUUACACGGUGGUGAUGGGGAACAUAAAUGCAAAAAAUGCAAUUACGCAGUUAAAAGUAUAGGAAAUUUGGCGAAACAUGAAUGGCUUCAUAAGGCUGAAAAUAAAAUACCAACUUGUGACUACGAGUCUAGUGAAGAUAUGGAUUACAAGAAUAUUCCAUUAUCUGGAACUGAUUUAUUUCAAAGAAAAACAGAGGCCCAGAAAAGGGUUUUAAUAGAUAAAGAUAAAUUAGUUAAACCAAAUGAUCACUUCCCACCUGUACUUCAGGCGGAUCCACAAUUUGGUUACUUGAUGCAUGGUAAUCCAGAAUUUAUAUAUCCAACUUAUUUAAAGAAUGGUCGUCAAAAAGAAAAACGCUAUAAGUGCCAUAAAUGUCCUUCAGCUUUUGAAAAGAGAGAACAAUAUAAAAUUCAUUUAUCUUUACAUGGUUCGAAACAAAGGUAUAAAUGUGAACUUUGCGAUUAUUCUGUAAAAUAUUAUGCUAAUUAUGUUCAGCAUAUGAGAAAACAUCAAAUGAAUGAUGAAGCCCAAGCAGAAAGAAAAAAAGGCAAUCAUGAUUUUAAUGAAGGAGGAAGUCAUGAAGAUAAACAGGACGACAGUGGUGAUAAUAUUAAAUUAGCCAUUAAAACGAUGCCAAAAGGAACAGCCAGAAGCGAUUUUCAGCAAUUCUCAAUAAGUGACCAACAAACUCUACGACUACUACAGCGCAGACGCUCCAUUAAUAGCGCUGGAAAAGAUUCAAACCCAAGUGAAACGGCACCAACUAAAGAUCGGAAGUUGCAUAUGUGCUUAUUAUGCCCAUAUACGAAUCAGAGACAAGAUGCCUUAACAAAUCAUUACAGAAGACAUGAUGAUAGUGACAUUCUUAAUGCAGGGAGCCAUAAGUGUUCCUACUGCGAUUUAGUUGUAGUUCAGUCACACUUCCUCCGCGAACAUCUGAAAACUCAUUUUAAUUAUCAAAAAACUUUAACUCCAGAAUGCUUUGUGGCCAAUGAAGGCGUAAGUUUUACUAUUACAAAAGUGGACGAUGAAAAUAUAUCUUCUGAUCUCAAGCUAGAUUUAAAACACAAAAUUGAUGUGUCCAAUGAAGAAAAAAUAUUUGUAAAAAUAAAAACUGGAGAAGUUUUUGCAGAAUAAAUCUGGGUAAAUUAGAUAUAAUUUCUAUGUUUUAGUGAACCACAACAUAUUUCUAGUUUAAGCCAAAAAUAAAAAAGAAUACGACAGUUGUUAUUCACCAAAGUGUAGCUUGCCAUAUUAGAUUGUACUUGAAACGGUCCUGGACAUUUUUGAGAUAUCAAAUGAUUGUAUUUGUAAUAGGUAGAAAUAAACCAUGUAAGGUACAAAUUGGUACUCUUGAUGUUAAUAUUAAGCUCCAAUAUAUGAUUGUUGAUUAUAUUAUGAGCAUCCAGAAAAAUAAUCCUGAUAAUCCAGGAAUCUAUUGAAAAUUACUUUUAACUUUCUGUGGUAGGUACAUAUUUAAUCUUACGAACUUAAAAUCAUUUGGAUAUAUUAGUAUUUUUUAAAUGUUAAAUAUUAUUUAAAGAGGAAGCCAUAAAAUUGCAUUAAGUUGACUAUCUAUUUGUAUCUUUCAUAAAGAUAUAUAUCCACUUCUUUAUUCAUGUACCUAUUUGUAUGAAGCUAGUCUUAAAUUUUAGAAAGUAUAAGAAACAAAAUUUGUGUUACCAUUAUGAAUCGUUUCUACUUUAUUAACAAUUAACAUAAUUUCCAUAAAAAAUUACCUAUAGAAAAUUUAUGAAUUUGGUACAUUGUUUGUUUAAUAUUUACGCUAUGAUAUGCAUGCUAAGAGGUGAAAUUAAAAAUCAAUGUAUUUUAGAGUGAUAAAAAUAUAACUUCCACAUUCAUAAAGCUUGUAAUGACCAGACAAUAAAGUUAUCAGAUAUAUAACUACUAUGGUACCUAAUACAAUAAAUGGCGUAAUAUGGUGUUUCCUUUAAUUUUACAUCAUAAUCUAAAUAAAUUUAAAGUUAAUAUUUCAAGUUGUGGAAUAUAAAACAGGACCAGAGACCCUGUGUAAAUUUUUAUAUUAUAAUUAAUCCUAAGAGGACACAUUCCUGUUAAGAUUAUGAAAAUAAAUUGACAAAUAAAUAUAAAUAUAAUCGAACAA